UUUAAAAUUGGAGGCUAUUCCGGAAACUGGGUUUGUGUGACAAGAUGUGCUGUCACGCAAUGAAUUCUGCGCAUUUUGUGGUGCGUCAGAAAAGACAAAAGUGUCCCAUGAUAAUCACAAGACACACGGAAAGCGAGUAAAUUAUAUCAAAAGCUUGGAAAUCCCGGUUGUAGGACGAAAUAUCGGUUGAGACAUGACUCGGUCGUUAUCACGUGUAAAAUUCUGGUUAUUGGUUUUGUACGUGCCCCAUGUGUUACACACAGUCCACAGUGCAGGAGGAUCGAAGCUACCGAACAUUUUGUUUUUGCUUGCUGAUGAUUUUGGCUGGUACGAUGUCGGUUAUCAUAACCCCAAAAUACAAACUCCCAACAUCGAUAAGCUGGCUAAGAGUGGAGUUAUACUUGACAGUUAUUACGUGCAGCCAAUAUGUACACCGACACGGGGAGCAUUGAUGACUGGAAGGUAUCCAAUACACACAGGUCUGCAACAUGAUGUUAUUCAUCCGGAAAACCCCUAUGGAUUGCCCCUGGACUUCGACUUGUUGCCACAGAAACUGAAACAGGCUGGCUAUGCCACUCAUUUGGUUGGCAAGUGGCAUCUUGGUUUCUACAAAUGGCCUUAUGUUCCAACCAAACGAGGUUUUGACUCCGCUUAUGGAUUCUGGGACGGUUCUGAAGAUCAUUUUGACCAUAGUCGCUUGGGAAUUGUUGACUUUCGUGACAAUUUGGAUGUAGUAAAGAAUUUGAACGGCACCUACGCCACAAACGCUUACGUCUCUCAAGUGAAAAAGGUGUUACAGGAUCACAAUUCAUCGCAACCGUUAUUCAUGUACAUGGCCUUCCAAAAUGUUCACGCACCUAUCCAGGCUCCAGAGAAGUACAUAGAGAAGUACGAAUUUAUAGAAAAUAGAAUGAGGAGAGUUCACGCUGCUAUGGCAGAUAUCAUGGAUGAGGCUGUGGGCAACAUAACAGAAGCUUUUAAAGAAGCAGGAUUGUGGGAGAAUACCCUUCUUAUAUUCAGCACUGACAACGGAGGUUUACCAUUUUAUGGAGGUUACAAUUGGCCUCUUCGAGGAGAAAAAAUGACGCUCUGGGAGGGAGGGGUAAGAGGAGUUGGAUUUGUUCACGGAAAUAAGCUAGCGAGGAAGGGAGUUACGUGUAAUGAAUUAUUGCAUGUGACGGACUGGUACCCAACAAUUCUUGGAUUGGCCGGUGUGACAUCAGUAGACAAAAGUCCUAUUCCACUGGACGGCCAUGACGUAUGGGACACGAUUUCGAUGGGGAAGCCUUCUCCACGCACUGAGAUAUUACUAAACAUUGAUCAACCUGGCUCAGUUCCUCCAGGGCCUGGUGUCCUGGGUGGUUAUACGGGGAUCGCACUCAGGACCGGUGAUAUGAAGUUGCUGAUGAAUGUGCCUAAUGUCACGUGGUUUAAACCGCCAGAGAUUGGUGGAAAAGUGGAAAAAGAAAUACCUCUAGACGCGGUGUUUGAAAACCCAGACAUGGUGACGGUUGACAAAGUAGACAUCGCCUUAUAUAACAUUUCUAAAGACCCAGAAGAACGAGUUGACCUUAGCAAAAAAUUCCCAGAUAUUGUGAAGGAGAUGCAGAUGAGGGUCAAGUACUUCGUGAAUUCGUCAGUAAAACCGUUAUACCAGAAAAACGAUCCCGAAGCCUUGAAAACCGCUCAGGAAAAGGGUGCAUGGGGCCCCUGGAGAGACUAAAAUCAUACAAGUUGUACUUUCAAUCGCACAACAGAAUUAGUUUGAUAAUCAGCUCUGUAUAAUGUCCGAUGAAAUAGUUAAAUUCUUCACUUGAAUGAUCCUGUUCUUGUCUAAUCUUUUUGAUAUUGGAACAUAGAAUAACAAUCAUGCGGGUCCACUCCCGUGGACCUGUGCUUGAGUGUGCCAGGAAGUGACUAGGUAGUCACGUGACGUACCAUAAAAGAUUGCAUAUUUUGUGGACGCGAAUUACUUCAUGUUCACCUGAUUCGGAAAAUAAUGUCAUUUAUGUCCUGAUUCACUUACUAAGUGGUCUAUCUUACACGUUUUACAUAUUAUUAAAGCUUGUUUGAGAGUUUGUGUAAC